UCCUGUCAGCCGGUCGGGGGGGGUCACAGAUAAUGGCGGCUGGGUUGAGCCGCUGCUGGAAACUGUUUUGGUUAUUCUGUCAUUUGUAUAGUCUCUUACUUGCAUUGCAUUUGGCAAACUGUCAUACCUGUAAACACCGCGUCCCAACCCCUUCUGAGGUUGUUUACGGAGUUCAUUUGGAGCCGGAAAGGAUCAACAAGAGAAGUGCUGAACAACCCUUAAGAAUAAAGAUCAUAUAUGAUUCAAGUGUGGAUGAUUUAGUGCCAGAAAAAAGAAAACUUGUAACGGAUGAACUUUUCCCUCAAGCUAUUGAUUAUUUGCAAAAGGCAUUCCAAGUUCGCAAGCAGGCUGGUCCAGUUCUGCUCAGCAGGCAAUGUGCAACCAAUCAGUACUUGAGGAAGAGAGAUGACCCUCACCGGUACUGUCAGGGAGCGUGUGCUGAGACCACACGGUGUGGUCCAGUCAUUGUGCCAGAGCAACAUCUACAGCAGUGUAAGGUGUGCAGUGAAAAUGGCAAGUCUUGUGGGCCUGCUGGAGAGCCUGAUGGUGCAGGAGUCCAGGAUGCGGACUUCAUGCUGUAUGUUAGUGGAUUAACCACAGAGCGUUGUGGACAGGAAAACAUUGUGGCUUAUGCUGCAUACUGCCAACUGGAGGCUGCAAUGGACAGGCCCAUUGCUGGAUAUGCUAACCUGUGUCCAAAUAUGAUUUCUACGCAACCUCAUGACUUUAUAGGCAUGCUGUCCACUGUCAAACAUGAAAUUAUCCAUGCGCUGGGUUUCUCAGCUGGGCUUUAUGCAUUUUAUCGUGAUGAUGCUGGAAGACCUAUGACACAGAGAUAUGCAAACGGACUGCCACCGUUUAACGAGAGUCUGGGAUUGUACCAGUGGAGUGAUCAGGUGGUGAGAAGAGCAUCAAGGUUAUGGGAUAUCCGUGACAACAGGGUGGUGCGUCAUGAAGUGCUCCUUCUUGUAACUCCUCGAGUCAUUGAAGAAGCCCGAAAACAUUUUGACUGCCCAAUCCUGGAGGGGAUGGAGCUUGAGAACCAAGGUGGCUUGGGGACUGAGCUCAAUCACUGGGAGAAAAGAUUGCUGGAGAAUGAGGCUAUGACAGGAUCUCACACACAGAACAGAGUGUUUUCAAGGAUUACCUUAGCAAUAAUGGAGGACACUGGAUGGUACAGAGCCAAUUACAGCAUGGCAGAGAGGCUGGACUGGGGAAGAGGAAUGGGCUGUGACUUUGUAAUGAAGAGCUGCAAGUUCUGGAUGGACCAGCAAAGACACACGAAGCAGAAAGCUGCACUGUUCUGUGAUGCUUUGAGGAGCAAUCCUUUACAGCUCACAUGCAGGCAGGACCAGAUGGCUGUCGCAGUGUGCAAUUUACAGAAGUAUGUGAACAACAUACCAGCAGAGUAUCAGUAUUUCGAUGUCAUCCCUGGCAUCCCUUUUCAAGACUUGCCUUACUACGGUGGCGCAGUGGAGAUAGCUGACUACUGCCCAUUCAACCAGGAAUUCAGCUGGCAUCUGAGUGGGGAAUUCCAGCGUAGUUCUAACUGUAGAAUUGCUGAAAACCAGCCAGAUCAGUCUAGAAACUAUGGUGCUGAGAAGUAUGGCCCGGACUCUGUCUGCCUGCUGCAGGAGUCUGCUUUUGUCAUGGAACAGUGCACAAGAAGAGUGGCUUACCCAGACUGGGGGAGUGGCUGCUACAAGAUCUCCUGUUCCUCCCAAGGGCUGACGGUGUGGAUUCAGGACAAUGCCUACUUGUGCAGCCGUGCCGGACAGUUACUGACCAUCAACGUGGAGAUGAGUGGCUGGGUGUACACAGGAAGCUUGGUCUGUCCGUCUUGUUUCAAAUUCUGCAGAUCGUGUCCUCCUGAACGGGAUCCUCCUCCCUUUAAUAAGUCAAGAAGCAUUCCAAUAGAUCCGUGUUCCAGUUCUUCCAGCCUGGUGGUCACCCUGUGGCUGCUCCUGAUCAAUCUCAUCCCCCUGCUCGCUGGAUUCCUGCUGUGUGCCUGGAACUAAACCCCCGGUAUGGGAACAUAGACUGGAUUACGUUGUUUGCACCAGAACACUGCCACUGGUUUGAGAAGAAGCAGAGUUGUUUCUACCUGAAAAACACAAACAAGGUUUGCUGGAAAAAGCCAUUGCACUACUUGUAGUGUACUAGCAAAUUAUGAAGUGCCACUGUCUUGUAUAUAGCACAAGACAGAUACCUCAGUAUAAUUUAAGGUGUAAAGCCUAGGAGGCAAGUUGUUUUGGUGCUACUUGUUCCCCCACACACAUUGCUGGAAUGUGUUUCAUUGAGUAUAUUUGUCAGAGUUAUUUGAGUCGUACCUGAUUACUGGAUUGAAUAUAAUACAAAGUUUAUUGGAGUAUAUAUAGUUAUUAGAUUUGGUUAGGCAUCCAGAAGUCAGGAUUGCAGAUACCAAAUUGUUUGAUGUACUGUAUGGUGAAGGUGUAGCAUUACUGGGCAGUUCAGCUUUUUUUAAAUUUAUUUAACAUGCUUUCAACAGUGUCUUUUGUAUCUCGAUGCAUCUACGCUUUUAGUCUGAGGACUUUUAAAGGGUUGAAUACCAAGGCUUUAAUAUCCAGUGAAGAACAAAAAGAGUAGUAUUAGUUUAUUUAGUAGAAGCCUUUAUCCAAGGUGACUUACAGAGACUAGGGUGUGUGAACUAUACAUCAGCUGCAGAGUCACUUACAACAA